AUGUCGAAAGGCAAAGACUUUGAGGUAGCGAUUAUAGGCGGUGGAAUCGCUGGUCUAACAUUAGCCAUUGCUCUGAAUCAUCGAAAUAUACCUGUGAAGAUAUACGAACAAGCGCCAAAGUUUGGCGAGAUCGGUGCUGGAGUCUCAUUCAGUCCGAAUGCUGUCAGGGCCAUGAACAAAUGUCACGAAGGCAUCUACCAAGCCUUCGAGAGAGUCUGCACAAGAAAUGAAUGGUCAUCGAAGCACAAUGUCUGGUUUGACUACCUAAACGGCUACGACAAAACCCUGAAGAAAUCUGGACACCAGGAAGCAGUAUUCACGAUUAGUAACUCAAUCGGGCAGAGCGGAGUUCAUCGUGCGUUAUUUCUUGAAGAGCUUGUCAAACUCCUGCCUUCCGACAUGGCUCACUUCGGUAAACGUCUCAAUCAUAUCGAGGAUGGCAAAGGCAGCAAGCUUGUAAUGCACUUCGAAGAUGGGUCCAAAGCAGAAACGGAUGCAGUCAUCGGCUCAGACGGUAUCAAGUCGAUGGUGAGGCAGAUAGUGUUUGGUAAAGACCAUCCAUGUGCCUACCCGACAUAUACAUAUAAAUAUGCAUACCGCGGCCUGGUGGAGAUGGACAAAGCCGUGGCAGCCGUCGGAGAAGAAAGAGCUAAAAAUUCCUGUAUGCAUAUGGGACCAAACAAUCACGUCCUCACUUUCCCUGUCAACCAUGGAAAGAUCUUGAACAUCGUUGCAUUUCAUACAGCCCAGACGGAUUGGCCUGACUAUCAGAGAUUGACCCGGCCUGCGAAGCAACAGGACGCCUUGAAGGAUUUCGAAGGCUAUGGGCCGAACGUAAUUGAGUUAUUGAAGCUUACGAAGCCAGAUCUCGAUAUAUGGGCCAUCUUCGAUUUAGGUACCCAUCCCGUACCACAGUUUAACAAGGGCAGAAUAUGUAUAGUUGGUGACGCCUCUCAUGCAACCUCGCCACAUCAUGGAGCUGGCGCAGGAUUCUGCAUUGAAGACAGUGCGGUCAUGGCAGCUCUCUUGUCGGACAAGCGAGUACAGACUUCAGAAGACAUAGAGGCUGCCUUUGCGGCUUUCGACAGCAAUCGCAGAGAGAGGUGCCAGUGGCUGGUCCAGAGUAGCAGAUUCAUCGGAGAUGCAUACGAGUGGCGAGCGCCUGGCCUCAAGGAUGACUUCAAGAAGAUAGAAAGCGAAAUUAACCGACGCAAUAGUAUCAUUGGCGACUUUGAUAUAGACCAGGGGUGUAAAGAUGCUACCGACGAGCUGACGAAGCACCUGGACCGUGCACGCCUGUAG